AUGAACCUCUGCGUAAUCUGUCUGGAAGAGAUUCGGGAUGUUGGGGUAGCGACACCAUGUAAGCAUGGAAACUUCGAUUUCCUUUGCCUUGUAAAUUGGUUGCAGCAGCGCCGCGUUUGCCCGUUAUGUCAGGCGGAGGUGAUUGCUGUCAAAUAUGACUUCGAGCUAGCCAGUACUUACCUUUUGCCGCCACUGUCAAAUACGCUUACUCCUCGUUUACCACAGCCGCAACCGCCUGAGGACCCAUUAGUGCGUCGACGUCAUGUAUAUCAGUUCACGUUAUACUCUCGGCGUGUCGGAACAAACGCCCUUUCACAAUACCGCGAAAUUACUCCUCAAUCCUUUGAUAGUGACGAAAACCUAGUGUCCCGUGCGAGAAAGUGGAUUAGAAGGGAAUUAAAAGUCUUCACUUUUCUCGGCCUUGAUAGCCAGGGUCCACGACAACGAACUGAAAGCAAUAUCAACGUACCAAAUGCCCCUCAAAGAAACUUUAGUACUCAAAACUCUGAAUUCUUACUGGAGUUUAUCAUCGCAAUCUUGCGCAAUAUAGAUAUUAGGGGCAACGGGGGUCAGGCACAUCAAAUAUUACAAGAAUUCCUUGGAAAGCGAAACGCCCAAUUGUUUUUACAUGAGCUGCAGGCAUGGCUACGUAGCCCGUUCAAUUUGCUACAAGAUUGGGAUAUGGCAACGCAAUACGAUGAAAUCGCAACACCACCUAUUCCUACUAUCCACCGUAUCCAACAUUGCGUUAAUUGGGGAAAUUCCGAAUUGGCUUAA